UGAUAAUUCUGAUAUCAGAUUGAUUAUAACCGCCGCUUCAUGUAUACCAGGUCGGACAUGAAAAAUCUUGGUUCGAGUUGUACGACGGGCCCCAUUAAACCAGGCACUGCCUCACUGCGUUCCUUACUGAUCGUAGCCACAAGGACGUCAACGAAGCAGGGCGUUGCAGCUGCCGAGGAGGCCAAGUGCGAUAAUAAAGGGAGAGGUAGUUGCGACAGAAAUAAGCAGCACGGUAAGGGACAAGAAAAUCAGGGCCGCCUCGUCGGCGGCCGAAGCAGGCACAACGCCAUUAAUCAGCAGCAGCGGCAGCAGCGCCCAUCCGUCCGGUAUCAGCAACAGAAUCAGCAUCAGCAACAGCAGCAGCGAUCCCUAGCCUGGCUCGAGACGACGUCCUCCUCGUCACUGUCGAAAGGGAACUCACUCGCGGAACUGGGACCAGGAGUCAGGUCGCAUCGCCGCCAGGAUCGAAUUCGCGAUUCGCGAAACCCCAGCGAUUGGCAUUUCCGAAACUGUUAGCAUCAAUAGCAAGGAAGGUUGCUUAAUUGUGUGCAGCCUAGACAAUGUCCCAAGUUUCUGGCUCUAUAUCAGAGGAAGAACGAAGUUUGUUCCGUCCGUUCACGCGGGAAUCACUAGUAGCGAUUGAAGUUCGCAUAGCCGAGGAACUUGCUAAGCAAAAAGAACUCGAGAAAAAAAGAGCCGAAGGCGAGGUAAUUCGAUAUGACGACGAAGAUGAGGAUGAGGGUCCACAGCCGGAUCCGAUGUUCGAGCAAGGAGCGCCAAUUCCGGUCCGACUGCACAACGAAUUUCCCCCUGAGCUGGCCUCCAUACCUCUUGAAGAUAUUGAUAGUUUCUACCAUAAUCAAAGAACUUUCGUGGUCAUUAGUAAGGGCAAGGACAUAUUUAGGUUUUCCGCCACGGAUGCAUUAUGGAUCCUGGAUCCAUUCAAUCCGAUACGGCGGGUGGCCAUCUACAUACUGGUCCAUCCCUUAUUCUCUCUCUUCAUUAUCACUACAAUUUUGGGUAACUGUGUGCUUAUGAUCAUGCCGACGACGCCCACGAUCGAAUCUACCGAGGUCAUAUUUACGGGCAUAUAUACGUUUGAGUCUGCUGUUAAAGUCAUGGCGAGGGGUUUCAUUUUGCAGCCUUUUACCUAUCUUAGAGAUGCAUGGAAUUGGCUCGACUUCGUAGUUAUAGCUUUAGCUUAUGUGACGAUGGGAAUAGAUCUAGGCAACCUUGCCGCUCUCAGGACAUUUCGAGUCCUCCGAGCCUUGAAGACUGUCGCUAUUGUACCAGGUCUUAAAACUAUUGUCGGUGCUGUGAUAGAGUCAGUGAAAAAUCUACGCGAUGUGAUAAUCCUAACAAUGUUCUCCCUUUCCGUAUUCGCGCUGAUGGGCCUUCAGAUUUACAUGGGUGUACUGACGCAAAAGUGUAUAAAGAAUUUUCCCGACGACGGUUCAUGGGGAAACCUCACUGAUGAUAAUUGGGAGAGAUUUGUUAGUAAUGAUACAAAUUGGUAUGGUAUGGAUGAAGCCGGAAAUUAUCCAUUAUGUGGGAAUUCAUCUGGAGCUGGACAAUGUCCACCGGGGUAUACGUGUUUACAAGGUUAUGGGGAGAAUCCGAACUACGGCUAUACGAGUUUCGAUACAUUUGGUUGGGCUUUGCUUUCCGCAUUUCGUCUGAUGACCCAAGACUAUUGGGAAAAUCUUUAUCAGCUGGUUCUGAGAUCGGCUGGCCCGUGGCACAUGUUAUUUUUCAUUGUUAUUAUUUUUCUUGGCUCAUUUUAUCUCGUGAACUUGAUCCUUGCCAUUGUUGCGAUGUCGUAUGAUGAAUUGCAGAAGAAGGCUGAAGAGGAAGAGCUUGCCGAAGAACAAGCAAUAAGGGAAGCGGAGGAAGCGGCUUUAGCGAAAGAGAACAAAUUGGCGGCUCAAGCGGAGGCUCGAGAGGCGGCUGCAGCGGCCGCUGCUGCUGAUCAAAUUCUCAAGUCACCCUCGGAUUAUUCCUGUCAUAGUUAUGAGCUGUUUGUCGGACAAGAGAAAGGAAACGAUGACAACAAUAAAGAGCGCAUGAGCAUAAGGUCGGUCGAAUCGAUUAGCGAGCACAGGGUCAAGAUAUCGAGCAAUAAUCACAACGUCAACUCAACUACCACUAAAGUUCGCAAAGUCAGCGCCGCAAGUCUCAGUCUACCGGGCUCGCCGUUUAAUUUACGCCGUGGUAGCCGUGGCAGCCAUCAAUUCACCAUCCGUAAUGGCCGUGGGCGCUUUGUCGGGACCCCAGGAGGCGACCGUAAGCCCCUCGUCCUCUCGACGUACCUCGACGCCCAGGAGCACCUGCCCUACGCAGACGACUCGAACGCCGUGACGCCCAUGUCCGAGGAGAACGGCGCGAUCGUCGUCCCUGUCUACUACGCGAGCCUCGGCUCUCGACACUCCUCCUACACCUCCCACGCAUCCCGGCUCUCCUACACAUCCCAUGGCGAUCUCCUCGGCGGUAUGACCAAGGAGAGUAAGCUGCGCAGCAGAUCCGCGAGGCCGCCCUCCGUCAACGGACAUCUCGCCCCCGAUAGCCUGCAGAAGCACCAUUACGUCAGUAUAGAGGCUGAAGGCGAUGCCGACGAUUCAUUCGGCAAGACGAAGCAACAGGACAAUCCAUUUAUAGAACCCUCUCAGCAACACGCUGUCGUUGACAUGAAAGAUGUUAUGGUGUUGAAUGACAUUAUCGAACAAGCUGCUGGUCGGCAAAGUCGGACAUCCGAACAAGGAGACGACGAUGAAGAAGGUCCUACAUUCAAGGAGAAGGCCCUGGCCUUGUUUUUACGUUGCAUCGAUAUAUUUUGUGUUUGGGAUUGUUGUUCUGUUUGGCUGACAUUCCAAAAGUACGUUGCUCUGCUGGUCUUCGAUCCGUUUGUCGAGCUCUUCAUCACACUCUGCAUCGUCGUCAACACACUCUUCAUGGCCCUGGAUCACCACGACAUGGACAAGGAGAUGGAGAGGGUUCUCAAGUCUGGAAACUAUUUUUUCACAGCAACAUUCGGCAUUGAAGCGACGAUGAAGCUCAUAGCUAUGAGUCCCAAAUAUUACUUUCAAGAAGGCUGGAAUAUUUUCGAUUUCAUCAUCGUGGCCCUAUCAUUACUAGAACUUGGUCUUGAGGGCGUUCAGGGCUUAUCCGUUUUGAGAUCCUUCCGACUGCUUCGAGUAUUCAAAUUGGCAAAAUCGUGGCCAACCCUGAAUUUGCUAAUUUCAAUCAUGGGCAGAACCGUGGGUGCUUUGGGUAAUCUAACCUUCGUCUUGUGUAUUAUCAUCUUCAUUUUUGCCGUGAUGGGUAUGCAGCUCUUCGGCAAGAACUACACGGACAAUGUCGACAGGUUCCCGGGCGGCGAACUACCCAGGUGGAAUUUCACCGACUUCAUGCACUCUUUUAUGAUAGUAUUUCGAGUACUGUGCGGCGAAUGGAUCGAGUCUAUGUGGGACUGCAUGCGUGUGGGUGACGUGUCGUGCAUUCCAUUCUUCUUGGCGACUGUUGUCAUCGGUAACCUGGUCGUUCUAAAUCUCUUCUUGGCGUUGCUCUUGAGCAAUUUCGGUAGCUCGAACCUAUCGGCCCCCACAGCGGACAACGACACCAACAAAAUUACAGAAGCUAUUGAUCGCAUAAGCCGUUUCAUCGGAUGGAUAAAGCGCAGCAUUCUUAAUAUCUUUAAGAUAAUGCGAGCAAAAUUCACCAACCAGAUAUCCGAUCAGGCGCCAGAUGGAAUUGAUCGGGACAUAAAUAUGGAUCUAGCUGAAAGUGAGUUGGAUGCUUAUCGAGAUAAGAAGAGUGUCAAAGAACUCAACAAUCAGUUUGAAGUUGCUAUUGGUGAUGGUAUGGAGUUUACGAUUCAUGGAGACUUGAAAAGUAAAAUGAAAGGGAACUUAUGUAUAAAUAAUACGAAAGCUCUCGUAAAUUCAAUAAAUCAUCGAGACUACAGAUUGGAUCACGAAUACAUGAAUCACAACGAAGAUGACACAAUAAGUAAUAAAUCGUACGGCAGUCAUAAAAAUCGUUCAUUUAAGGAUGAAAGUCAUAAAGGCAGUUUAGAUUCAUUAAAUGGAGAAGAGAAGAAAGAUGCUAGUAAGGAGGAUCUCGAAGAUGACGAGGAGGAGGAGGAAGAGGAGGAGGAGGAUGAUGAUGAUGAUGAGGAGGAGGAGGAGGAGGAAGCCGAAGGCGAUUUACAUGGUGAAGUAAUAAGGACAGAUGAGGAGCUAGAUGGAGACUAUCCUGCCGAUUGUUGUCCAGACAACUGUUACAAAAAGUUCCCUUUCCUCGCUGGAGAUGACGAUGCGCCCUUUUGGCAGGGUUGGGCGAACCUAAGACUCAAGACCUUUCAACUCAUUGAGAAUAAAUACUUUGAAACUGCCGUUAUCCUUAUGAUUCUAAUGAGUAGUUUAGCCCUUGCACUGGAGGACGUUCAUCUUCAACAAAGACCUAUUCUUCAAGACGUAUUAUAUUAUAUGGAUCGAAUUUUCACUGUCAUUUUCUUCUUCGAAAUGUUAAUCAAGUGGUUAGCGUUAGGCUUCAAGAAAUACUUUACUAACGCUUGGUGUUGGCUUGAUUUUAUUAUCGUUAUGGUGUCUCUCAUUAACUUCGUAGCGUCGCUCUGUGGCGCAGGCGGAAUCCAAGCCUUCAAAACAAUGCGGACCCUAAGGGCCCUAAGGCCACUCAGGGCGAUGUCUAGAAUGCAGGGAAUGCGGGUCGUCGUAAACGCGCUGGUCCAAGCUAUUCCAUCCAUCUUCAAUGUGCUGCUAGUGUGCCUCAUAUUCUGGCUGAUUUUUGCAAUUAUGGGUGUUCAGUUGUUCGCCGGAAAAUAUUUCAAGUGCGUCGACGCGAAUAAAACUACUCUAAGCUAUGAAAUUAUUCCCGAUCGCAACGCUUGUAUAGCUGAAAAUUAUACGUGGGAAAAUUCGCCGAUGAAUUUUGAUCACGUGGGCAAAGCUUACUUGUGUCUAUUUCAAGUGGCUACUUUCAAAGGCUGGAUUCAAAUUAUGAAUGAUGCCAUUGACUCGAGAGAAAUAAAUAAGCAGCCGAUUCGCGAAACAAACAUUUACAUGUAUCUAUAUUUUGUAUUUUUCAUCAUAUUUGGAUCGUUUUUUACUCUCAAUCUGUUUAUCGGAGUUAUCAUCGACAACUUCAACGAACAGAAAAAGAAAGCCGGUGGCUCCCUCGAGAUGUUCAUGACAGAGGACCAGAAAAAAUACUACAAUGCUAUGAAAAAAAUGGGCAGUAAAAAGCCAUUGAAAGCAAUUCCUCGGCCAAGGUGGAGGCCUCAGGCGAUCGUGUUCGAGAUAGUGACGGACAAGAAGUUCGAUAUGAUAAUAAUGUUGUUCAUUGGGCUGAAUAUGCUUACGAUGACGCUCGACCAUUACCAGCAGAGUGACACAUUCAGUAACGUCCUGGACUACCUGAACAUGAUAUUCAUUGUGAUAUUUACCAGCGAGUGUCUCAUGAAGAUCUUCGCGCUUCGUUACCACUACUUCAAGGAGCCCUGGAACCUCUUUGAUUUUGUUGUCGUUAUAUUAUCAAUAUUAGGUCUGGUGCUGAGUGACAUAAUUGAGAAGUACUUUGUGUCACCGACACUUCUCAGGGUAGUACGUGUGGCUAAGGUUGGCCGUGUUCUGCGUCUCGUGAAAGGUGCCAAGGGUAUAAGAACUCUUCUCUUCGCAUUGGCGAUGUCCUUGCCAGCGCUAUUCAAUAUUUGUCUGCUGCUGUUCUUGGUCAUGUUUAUCUUUGCAAUAUUUGGCAUGUCCUUUUUCAUGCACGUAAAGGACAAAAGCGGUCUUGACGAUGUUUAUAACUUCAAGACCUUUGGCCAGUCGAUGAUACUGCUUUUUCAAAUGUCGACGUCGGCCGGAUGGGAUGGCGUCCUCGACGGCAUAAUUAACGAAGAGGACUGCCAGGAGCCGAAUAACGAGAUCGGCUACCCGGGUAAUUGCGGCUCCUCGACCAUUGGCAUAGCCUACUUACUCUCCUAUCUCGUUAUCAGUUUCCUGAUCGUCAUCAACAUGUACAUUGCGGUCAUUCUCGAGAAUUAUUCGCAAGCCACUGAGGACGUCCAAGAAGGUCUCACCGACGACGACUAUGACAUGUAUUACGAAAUAUGGCAGCAGUUCGACCCAGACGGCACCCAAUACAUACGCUACGAUCAGCUCUCAGAUUUUCUCGAUGUCCUCGAGCCGCCGCUGCAAAUUCACAAGCCUAACAAAUACAAGAUUGUGUCGAUGGAUAUUCCCAUAUGUAAGGGGGACCUUAUGUUUUGCGUGGAUAUCCUCGAUGCUCUCACCAAAGACUUUUUCGCACGAAAGGGCAAUGCAAUCGAGGAGACCGGCGAGCUCGCGGAGGUACAGACGCGACCGGGCGAAGUCGGCUACGAGCCGGUCUCCUCGACAUUAUGGCGGCAGCGCGAGGAAUACUGCGCGAGACUCAUACAGAACGCCUGGCGCAAGCAUAAGCAGCAGAGGCACGGCGACAGUGACCUCGACGGGGCCGAUCAGAGCCACGACGCCGAUGGGGACGGGGACGGGGACGGGGACGGGGGCGACGGCGUCGUCAUGCAGACGGCAGUCCUCGUCGAGAGCGACGGUUUCGUCACCAAGAACGGGCACCGGGUGGUCAUACACAGUCGAUCGCCGAGCGUCACCUCGCGCACCGCGGACGUCUGAUGAAUGGACACGACGACGACGACGGACAACAACGACGUGGCUGCUCCUCGCGACGACGCGGAUGCUGAUGGAGCCACGGCAGUUGGCUGAGGCAAUCAUUCGACAUAAUUAUCAUGCCGUUGCGCGUUAACUCAGAUCUUGACGGGGUACGAGUGCCGAGGGGGACGAAGGGAGAUCAGCUUUUAAUGGCGCAAAGGGGAAGAGAGAGAGAGAGAG